GCAGCUUCCUCUAUUCGCCUUGAAAGGGCAAAAAGCAGCAACUUUUUUGCCUUCUCUUCCCGUCAACUAUUCAAACCAGUCUUAAUCGCGGAGCAAUUCAUAAGUGAUCGCUGCAACAAGCUUUGCGUUGCUCGAUUGGAAGUAGCAGGCGAUUCGGCGACCGAUUGCUGAGCUCUCCGCGAAGAAGAGCUAUGGAGGAAGGAGAAAACGAAGCCGCCGUACCGCCGCCGCCAGUCGGAUCGGUGGUUGAGAAGCUGGUGAACUUGGUGGAGGAGAUCGCCGCCACCUCUGACUACAGGAACUCUUACAAGAAGCAAUUUUCCAAUCUCUCGCGGCGGAUCAAACUGCUGGCGCCCAUGUUCGAGGAACUCAAGGAAAGCAAGGUCGCUAUCCCCGUGUCGGCGUUAAUAGCCACGGAAAAGCUUAAUCGGGCCCUCGAUUUGGCGAAGGAUCUACUCCUACUGGGGAGCAAAGGGAGCAAGAUCUUCCUGGUCCUAGAGCAAGAUCAAAUUAUGGAAAGAUUCCGAGAAGUUACUUCUCAACUGGAGCAAGCUUUGGAUGAAAUUUCCCUUGAUGAGUUUGACAUAUCAGAAGAAGUGAAAGAACAGGUUGAACUAGUGUGUUCUCAGUUCAAAAGAGCCAAAGAAAGGAUUGAUACUACUGAUGUUGAGCUUUAUGCUGAUCUGCUAGUGGUUUACAAUAUGACCACUGAUGCCAAAGUGGAUCCUGUCAUUCUACAGAAAUUGGCAGAAAAAUUACAGCUGAUAACUAUAGCAGAUCUCAAACAAGAAUCUCUUACCUUACAUGAGAUGGUUUCAGAUGAUGGAGAUCCUGGACGGGUCAUUGAAAAGAUGUCCAUGCUGCUUAAAAGGAUUAAGGAUUUUGUACUGACACAUGAACCAGAAUCAGGUUCCCUGACAACCACAAACCUGGGCAAGAUUCCUAUUAUGCCUGAUGAUUUUCGCUGCCCUAUAUCCCUGGAGUUAAUGGGGGAUCCAGUUAUUGUGUCGACUGGACAGACUUAUGAACGAGAGUGCAUUGAAAAAUGGCUGGAAGCGGGGCAUAACACUUGUCCAAAAACACAACAAAAAUUAUCCAGCACGUCGUUAACUCCAAAUUAUGUCCUUCGCAGCCUCAUAGACCAAUGGUGUGAGGCAAAUGGAAUGGUUCCACCCAAGCGUCCUGCACAAACUGGCAAACCCCGAUCAGUCUGUUCUGCCGGUGAACAUGUAAAAGUUAUUGAUCUUGUUCGAAAGUUAUCUUCACAGAACCUUGAGGACCAACGGUCAGCUGCUGGGGAACUUCGCCUAUUUGCCAAGAGAAAUGCAGAUAACAGGAUCUGCAUUGCUGAAGCUGGUGCUAUACCUCGGCUUGUGGGUUUGCUAAGUACAAACGAUGUUUGCACACAGGAGCAUGCUGUUACUGCACUUCUGAACCUCUCUAUAUAUGAGGAAAACAAGGGUAAGAUAAUUAUAUCUGGUGCUGUCCCUGGGAUAGUGCAUGUUCUAAAGAAGGGCAGUAUGGAAGCACGAGAGAAUGCUGCUGCAACACUUUUCAGCCUCUCGGUGGUGGACAGAAACAAAGUGAUAAUUGGUGAGUCAGGAGCAAUCCCCCUUCUCGUUUCACUUUUAAAUGAAGGAAGCCAAAGAGGCAAGAAGGAUGCUGCAACAGCACUUUUCAACCUAUGCAUUUACCACAGUAACAAGGGAAGGGCAGUUCGGUCUGGGGUGAUUAAAAUACUGAUGACACUCUUGUUAGAUCCUGAAGGAUCUAUGCUGGAUGAGGCACUUGCUAUUAUGGCAAUCAUUUCAAGCCAUCCUGAAGGAAAGGCAGCAAUUACGGCAGCUGAAGCAUUGCCAGUGCUACUACAUAUGAUAAGAUGCGGGUCACCAAGGAACAAAGAAAAUGCAGCAGCUGUCUUGGUACAGCUCUGCAAUGGGGACCAGCAGCAACAACAUUUGGCCGAGUUGCAGGAGCAAGGGAUGAUGAUGCCACUGCAGGAAAUGAUAGAGAGUGGCACUGACCGAGGCAAGAGGAAGGCUGCAGUGUUGCUUGAGCGCAUGAAAAGAUUCUUGGAGCAACAAAAGGAGGCUCAAGCUCAAAUGCAGGAAGUGGCAGACAAUUUAAUGGAUACAACUUCAUCAGUUCUGAUUGAUACUUAACUACUUUGUUCUUUUGCUAUAAUGAUUGACGUGAUGAAAUCAUUAUUGUCGUCUAAUUAUAAGAUUGGCGGUGGAAGAUCACCUGCCUGGAAGAGUUGUAAAUUAAUUGGGUUGUGAUUCUGUGCGCAUUGAGGAUCAGUCAGUCGCAAUAGUUGAGUUGUGAUUGUGCGAGUUGGGUUGAUCAGUCAGGUGUGAUAAUUAGACUCCUACUGCCAUAACUAGAAAUAUAGGUCACAAGUGUUGAAAGUGUGGCAUUGUGAAGAUGUAAGUUAUCACCCUCAAUUUUUAUGAAGGGUUGCCAUCAAUCUGUUCUGUCUCCCCAAUUUGACAAUGAUCUUCAAAAUUAUCCAGUGACUAAGAUUCGUUAUUAUUUAUUUUA